AUGACUUACGGCGCAUUGGAAAUGACAGCGUACCUUACCGCAUUCACCACUACGAUACCCGCAUUCGAGUUUAUUUGGUCACAUAGAAAUCCCUUCCCUCAAACGCCAUCUUCUGCGACGACAUUAUCCUUUCUCUUGAUCUUUUUCGGCCAAUGGGCGUAUCGUUGGAUACAACAGGAAUUGGGUGACAAAGACCCGAUGCGAUCGUCUCGACAAUUCUUACUCUUUGUCGUCCUUUGCGUACUCAUCUUUCCCCUUUGGUUGAAGAAAGACUAUGUCCAUUUCCAUCCCAUUGAUAUGCUCAUGUACGACGCCACGCUCCAUCAUAAUAAGUAUCUUGAGACAGUGGGAAGCACUUCCUCGCUCGCAGAGGCCGUUAAUGGAUACACCCAACGAUACAAUCGGAACCCUCCCCCCGGAUUCGAUGUCUGGUUCGAAUACGCAAAAAAUAGGUCCGUAUUGAUAGUGGACGAAUACGACCAGAUCUACCAUGAUUUGCUACCUUUUCGCGCAAUCUCACCCGCUGAUCUAAGGAGGCAGACAUGGGAAAUGGUAUCGAAUCCGUGGAAUGAAAUCUCGGGCAUCACCAUCCGAGACGGAGAAGCAAAAGUGCAAGAGAACGUCCUGCCCACUCAUCGAUGGAUGCUUGAGGGUGUCGCUGUUCUCAUCAACAGUUUUGCCCAACACCUCCCUGAUAUGGACUUGGCCUUCAACUUGAACGACGAAUCGAGGGUCGCUGUACCGUAUGAGCAGAUCAAAUCUCUCCGAGAACAGGGCCGAGCACAAGAUAAGAGCGGUAGCUCAAGUUGGUCCAAUGAUCGUGCAGGCGGAUGGCUGCCAAUUCCCGAAACAGAGCGUACAGAAACUGUCUUUCGCGACAACUCCUGGCGCAACAGUUUCCGUGCCUUUGGCUCAAUAGGCUGUCCCCCUUCCUCCUUUGCACGGACUUCGCCACACAUUUCAUCCCAAUCUCACAUCUGCAGCAGCUGCGUGGCCCCACACUCUCUGGGCCAAUUUGUGGGCAACUGGUCUGAUGCAGCAGACAUAUGCCAUCAACCAGAUAUAGCUCAUCUCCACGGCUUCUACCUCUCGCCUGCGGCAUUCAAGACCAGCUACCAGCUCAUGCCAGUCUUCUCUCAAUCUAAACCGCAUGCCUACAACGACAUCCUGUACCCUUCCGCCUGGAAUUAUAUGGACAAAGUCGUCUACGCGCCGACAAACCCCCAAGGUACACCUGGACAAGAAGUCUAUCACGCGGGUUUUCCGGACCUGCCGUUUGAGGAGAAAGAAAACAUUCUCUUCUGGCGCGGCGCCACCUCUGAGGGUGUCUCUUCAGACAGCGGUGCCUGGCGCGGGAUGGCACGCCAACGCCUUGUGCACAUGGCCAACAAUCUAACCAACCACCCACACGAUGCUGUGACCGUCCUCCUUCCCAGUCCCGCCGACCACUCCAAAUAUCAGUAUCAGACAAUCCCUGGGGCCCAAGUCAAAAAGCUUGGCUUGCAAACGGACAUUGCAAUUGUUGAUUUCAUCGCCCGGUGCGGUGGCAAAGACUGCACCGACCAAUCCCAAGAAUUCAAUCUGGUAAGCCCCACGGAUUUCCAGGCGCAUUGGCGGUAUCGAUUCCUGUUUGACCUCGACGGCGCCGGUUUCAGCGGCCGCUUUUUGCCGUUUCUCUACUCGCACUCCCUCCCGUUCAAGACAGCCUUGUUUCGCGAGUGGUACGACUCCCGCCUCACGGCGUGGCUGCACUUUGUGCCACAGGACAUCCGGCUGCACGACGUCUGGAGCAGCCUGGCGUACUUUGCGGGCGUCAACGGGACCAUGUUUGGUCACAAGAUCUGGUGGAAGCCACACUUGAAGGAGGCCGAGAUGAUCGCCGAGGCCGGGCGCGACUGGGCGGCCAAGGUGCUCCGCAAGGAGGAUAUGGAGUGUUACUUUUUCCGCCUGUUGCUCGAGUGGGCGCGCUUGUCGGAUGACAAUAGGGACGAACUUGGCUUUGUACUAUGA